UGCUUUCCUCCACCUCCUCCCCUCGCUGAUCUGUCCCUGUCUGAUGACGUAGCCUAGUCGGUGUUUACCAUAGCGGCUAUCUGUUAGCUAAUUGAAAGAAAAUGUGGGUUUUAUAGCUGCGAGAACAGUCAUAGUUUCCGUAAAAAGUCAAAAUAUUUCUUUCAGAAUGAACAAUAGAACAUCGUAUUUUUAUGACCCAGACGUGGGCAACUUUCAUUAUGGUGCUGGCCACCCCAUGAAGCCCCACCGUUUGUCUCUGACUCACAGUCUGGUGUUGCACUAUGGACUCUACAAGAAAAUGAUGGUGUUCAAGCCAUACAAAGCAUCUCAGCACGACAUGUGUCGGUUCCACUCUGAAGACUACAUCGACUUCCUACAGAAGGUCAGCCCCAAUAACAUGCAGGGCUUCACCAAGAGCCUCAACACAUUCAAUGUUGGAGAUGACUGUCCUGUGUUUCCAGGUCUUUUUGAGUUUUGCUCCAGAUACACAGGAGCCUCCUUACAGGGAGCUACGCAGCUCAACCACAAGAUCUGUGACAUUGCCAUCAACUGGGCUGGAGGUUUGCAUCAUGCCAAGAAAUUUGAGGCAUCCGGGUUUUGUUACGUCAAUGACAUAGUCAUCAGUAUACUGGAGCUGCUCAAAUACCACCCUAGGGUUCUGUACAUCGACAUAGACAUUCACCACGGUGACGGCGUACAGGAAGCCUUUUACCUGACUGACCGCGUCAUGACUGUGUCCUUCCACAAAUACGGGAACUACUUUUUUCCAGGAACAGGUGACAUGUAUGAGGUCGGAGCAGAGAGCGGCCGGUACUACUGCCUCAACGUUCCCCUCAGAGACGGCAUCGAUGACCAGAGCUACAGGCAGCUGUUCCAGCCGGUUAUUAAACAGGUGGUGGAUUUCUACCAGCCGACCUGCAUCGUUCUACAGUGUGGAGCAGAUUCUCUGGGCUGCGACAGACUGGGCUGCUUCAAUCUCAGUAUACGUGGACAUGGCGAGUGUGUGGAGUUUGUUAAGAGUUUUAAGAUUCCUCUGUUGGUGCUGGGAGGCGGAGGAUACACGGUGAGGAACGUGGCUCGCUGCUGGACCUUUGAGACGUCUCUGUUAUUGGAUGAAUCCAUCAGUGAUGAGCUGCCUUACAGCGAGUAUUUUGAGUACUUUGCUCCAGACUUCACGCUGCACCCUGAUGUCAGCACCAGGAUAGAAAACCAGAACUCCAGACAGUACUUGGAGCAGAUCCGCCAGACGGUGUUCGAGAACUUGAAGAUGUUGAACCACGCGCCCAGCGUCCAGAUCCACGACGUCCCCUCCGACAUGCUGAGCUACGAACGCACCGACGAGCCCGACCCCGACGAGAGGGGGGGCGAGGAAAACUACACCAGGCCGGAGGCAGCCAACGAGUUCUACGACGGUGACCACGACAACGACAAAGAGAGCGAUGUCGAAAUUUGACCCAAGAGGGGGCAUUCUGUCUGCGUCAGCUGCAGUCUGCAAACAUCACGCCAUCACUGCAGAUUGAACAGAAACGACAACAUUUCUGACUGAAAAAGACUCUCAAGCUCUGCUCUUUUAUUCCUCCGUAGGUUCUCUUUCUAAAAAAAAUUUUUUUUUUAAAUCCUCGAGCAGCCGUAACUCAGAAACGGACGUUAGCUCCGGAGCCUCGUAGAUAAUGCCACUCAGCACACCUCCACACACAACUGUAUUCCCGUUUCCCUUCUGGGUGGUCCAAACUUGUAACAGACAGACAGGGCGAGCCCAAAUGACUCCAAUACUGCCAGACACUGCAACAUACGUCCAGUGUAAUAUAAUAGAUUACAGGAUAUGAUUAUCCGUCUUGUUUUUGAAUUUACAAACAGUGUUCAGGGCACAGGUGUUGUGCACAUGAACAGUCAAACAUCUAGAUUUAUUUUUUUUUUUUACAUUUUUUUCCUCCACUUGUAAUCUUGUUUAUGUUAUCGUAGUAAUGAAAUGUAUUUGACUUUUUGAAAGAGGAGAAUGCCAUCAAAUAUUUUAAAUGAGUAGAACUUGUAAGCAACAAUUUGUUUGGAUUUGGAUAUUGUUUUGAGCAUCCCAAAUGUUUAACCCCUGAGAGUAAAGAGCAGCUAGUUUGGAGCCCUGUGUGACAGAAUUCGGUGUAUUUGUGAAGCCACUCAUUGAAAAACAAAAAACAAAACAGCUUCUCACCAGGUGUCAUGAAAAAGAAAUAAGGAGUUAUUUCAUCUUUCAAGACACGUGAGAAUCUGUUCGAGUGCCUGCUACGAUACAUUAGUCACACAUUAGCCAGUCCAGAUGUUUAAAACCACGCCUCAACUGUUGAAGACAGAAUCUCAAAAGGUACAAAUUAUUACAACCGCCAUCUAAGUUCAACACUUUUCUUAUUUUUUACAGUAGCUGUUAGAAUGUUUUUUUUUUUUUUUUUUUUUUUAAUCCUAGCAUUAUUCACGUGCCUUACAGCUCUGAAAAGGCAAGCACUGUUGUAGAGCUGGGCACUUUGACAUCAUUGAUUUUGGAUUUCUACAAGGGAACAUCUGUAAAUGAGGCAACUGGGCUUGAGCCGAUCCAAACGGGAAUUAUUCUCCUGUCUUUUCAUUCCUUUUUCUUCUCUCAUCUGGAUUCUCUGCUCAUUACCGUGUAUAUAUACACAUAAAUGUGAGUGUGUAUGUGUGUAACGUAGAAGACGACAACUGUGCUGAUGAGGCUGGUAGUGAAAUGUUUUGUACUGAAGCAGGCGUGUGGUUCACUGAUGAGAUGUGAGAGUGCUGGUCCGUCACUGUGCUCAUUACAGAUGUACAUCACUAGAACCGUCUGAAGCCACUGUAGAGUUACAUUCUACCAUAUGCCACCUCCAGUCCUAUUUUAGCCAACAACUAGUUUUGUGAUUUUUGAUAUUGUCUUUUGUUUUUAAUAAAAGGUUGAAUUGAA